GGCAGAGGCGGGGCGGGGUGUGGCUGAGUGAAGACUUUCUCCAGCUCCGGGCUCGUCUGUCUAUCACUGUCCGGGAUUCUUCUCCUCCUUCACCGUCCGAUAUACAGCCAGUCACCCGGCCCGGAGGAUCAGGAGCGGCCCUGUGCGGAGAAUCGCUACCAUGGGAGAAUACAAUGAGAAGAAAGAGACUUGUGGAACAAUAUGUCUGAAGUACCUUCUCAUCACCUUCAACUUCUUUUUCUGGCUGGCAGGACUGGCUGUAAUGGCUGUAGGGAUUUGGACUCUGGUCCAGAAAAGUGACUACAUCAGCCUGCUACCCUCAAGCACCUAUGCUGCCACAGCGUACAUCCUGGUCGUUGCAGGCGCCAUUGUAAUGGUUACUGGUAUCCUUGGCUGCUGUGCAACGUUUAAGGAGAGGAAGAGCCUGCUGAAAGUUUAUUUCAUCCUGCUGAUGUGUAUAUUUAUCCUGGAGAUUUUGGCAGGAAUCCUGGCCUAUAUAUACUACCAACAGAUCAAUGAUGAACUGAAGCAAAGCCUAAAGGAAACCAUGACUCAGAAGUACAAGCAGCCAGGAGAGGAAAAAGUGACUAAUGCUGUAGACAGACUACAGCAAGAGUUUAAGUGCUGUGGAAGUAAUAAUUCCCAGGACUGGAAGGAGAGUGUUUGGAUUAAGUCUCCUGAGGCUGAGAGGCGCUUGGUUCCAGACAGCUGCUGCAAGACGGUCACUCCUAAUUGUGGAGUACGAGACCAUCCUUCAAAUAUCUACAGAGUGGAGGGUGGCUGCAUCACCAAACUGGAAUCCUUCAUGAGAUCUCACCUGCUUAUUAUUGGUGCAGUGGGUUUAGGGAUUGCCUCUGUACAGCUAUUUGGAAUGAUUUUCACCUGCUGUCUGUACAAGAGUUUAAAGUCCGAGCCGUACUAAGAUGGUAUUGAACUCGCCCAUUGCACUUCCUCUACUUACAAAACAUCUGCUGCCUUAAUAAGUUCCUUGGAAACCUAGAAUGAGUUCAAGACACUUUAUGGACGUGACACAAUCUGCUUUCAACAUCUAAAUAUAUAGGAGCUUCUCCGUGUCAUCACAAUAGCAUGACAUUCUUUUCCUACUUUGAUUUCAUCUGUUUUUGUGCCAGGCGAUGAAGUACAUCCACUGCGCUCCAGGAUAUUUACGUGUUACCAGCUUCUUGGUCUCGACUACAUUUUGUGUAUGAAGAACAGCCAACUGGCACCCUAAUAAUUCCUCCAAGUCCUGCAAUUAGAACUUGUGCUUUUACCGUGUUCGGACUGUUCUGACACCGCUUACAUUUUAUUCCUAUAAACGGCCUUUGCUUUUUAAACCAAAUGGCUCUGCGAUGGAGAACCAGUGUUUGUGGAUUUUGGUAUUAUUCGGACAUGCAUAUGCGGUUAUGAAACAUGCAGUACUAAUGAUAUAUAACAUUAUUUUCUUUGGUGCCAUUAUAGUAAGUUUUUAAAAAAUGUCAUUUCAUGGUGAUUUAAUGACUUGCUAUGGAAAAUGUGUUCCUUUUUUAUAUUGAAGGGAGAAAUGUAUCAAGCAACCAAAUGACAUGUCAUUCCUGACGGUUUGAUUAUUUGCCACAGUAUCCUUGUGCCUUUUUUUUUUUAAUAUGAAUUGAAAACCUACAAUGGAAAACAACCAGAUAAUUGUGUGAUCUGGUUGCUCGUCACCUUAAUGUGUAUGUCAAGGGAAAAACCAAUUCAGAACAUCUUUGGAAUACAUGCACAUUCCAUCCCUUUUUAAACACUUGCAAGUACAGAAUAAUAACUGAUGGUGUGCUGUCACUUUCCUCCUUGACAUGACAACACAGCUCUAUAUUCCCAACCAUGUGGUGUCAGACCGGCCUACUUUUCUGAUGAAUUACAAAGAACACCCCCCCCCAUCUCCAUAACCCAUCCUUUUGAACAGGCAGAGAGUUAUCGACUCACAAGGUUUUAAGCAAAAUCAACACUUAUUAAACGGAUAAAACAAAACCCUUUUCAGUGGUAUGUUUAGUAGACCAAAGGGAAAUAAACAGCAGUAGUUCAUUGCUACGGUUAACAUACUCUGUAAUCAUCUGUAUUUUUUUUCAUGAAGGGAACUAGUGUUGUGUGUUUUUUGCAACAUUAAGGCUUCUGUGCAUACAAAAUGUGCUGUAUGAAUGUCAAUUAUUUGCACAGGUGCAGCGAAUCUUCACCGUAAUUUGCUUCUUUUUAUUUUCUAGGUUUCUCAAUGCCAUUUUGUGGCAAUACAUGGUAUUUAUUCUGAAAUACCUCCAUUUAGAAAAUAUACCACUUAAUUUCCACUAGAUAUAUGAUGAUCCUAGGAAAUGUAUUACGCAAAGUACAGUGAAGAUAUGUUGCGCACAGCUAAUUUUGUAUCCGCAGAUUCCUUAUUGUCUAGCAGUACCCAAUGGGCAUUAUCGCAGUGUUUCUUUUUGUUUUUCUUUUUAUAAUAUUAUUUUGUAACUUUUUAAUCAGUCUUUAUGUUUUAUUUCGAAACUGUAUUUUAUUUUAGCAGUAAAGAUGACUGGCAAAUGUUUUCAAACUGAAUACAUAUGAUAUAAUCAGUCGUUUCAGGCUUGGGGUGGAACACAAGGGGUCUGCAUCUGCAGCGUCAUGGGCAUUACUAAUUAGAAAGUCUGGUCUUUGCAGCAAAAUGUCAUUCCCCUCAAUGGUUUUAAACUAAAAUAUUUGCAGUUCUUAUAAGUCUCACAAAUCUCGGAUAUUAAAUUACUGCACACAUUAAUACCCUUUUUUGCAUAAUUCAAUUUAUAGCUUUGAAUGCGCUACAUAGCAUUUAAACAUUGCAAGCAUGGAUUUUUCUAAGCGCAGUUGCUAAUCUUGCUCAGUGAUGGUGCAGGGGUCCUGAGCACCAUUAUUGGUUCCUAGUGAACUGACAUGCUUAUUCUUCUAUAAUUAUUGGUUAAACAUCAAAAGAUGCAGCUGGUCUUCGCUACUCCAUAAAUUAAUGUUUCUGGGAAAAAUGAUUUGGAGAUGCUGAAAUUACAAAAAAAGUCCAAAUGUCACUUUAAAAAAAGCUGUUUUGUGGCAAGAGGAACUGAUAUCUUUGCCAGGUAAUUAAGUCCAUUUGCCCAUAUGCACUGUACACUUUCAUCUGACAUUGCUUUUGGCAAGAGGAGGACAAAGUCUCUAGCGCUGCUGUGUUAACAGAGUAUCAUUAGGACAGGCCUGUCGUUAUUAUAUACAUAUAUAUCAUUUUUUUUUUUUUUACAUGCUUGCUCUCGGUGUAAAUCUAAUGAUAUUUAACCAUCUGCAAAGCGGUUGCAGUGACAUCUUUACUCCGGUGGGUUUAUUUAAUGAGACAAAAAAGCAAUGUGACGCACUCGCAGUGAAAACGGCCUUUUAUUGUUAGGGCCGGCGGCACUGUGAGCGGCUUUGUUAAUGUUUUGAAUUCAUCAUUUUAUCUAUUUUUCUCUGGUUUCCACUUCCGAAAGAAAGAUAUUUAAAUAUUGUGGGCCCUAGGCUAGGACAUAUUUCAAGGACUGUCCUGGCAAAUCUGCUUUGCCUCAGAGGUUCCUGCCAGUCAUCAAUCUUGUGGUCAUCAUUUUUAUUGUUGGCAAAAUGAUGCUCAGGGUGUCUCGUGUCCUGUUAAAGAUAAAAUAUUAAGUCAUGUUUGACAGUGACCCCUCUCCCUGCUACUUCAUUUUACAUGGCUUUAUUUAUAUAUUCAGUGUGGCAUACAGGACUUUGCGAGUUUUUAGAAGUAUGCCCUACAGGUAGGUGAUAGGAAAUAUUUAAUGAACGGUAUGUAUUGCUUAUAGUAGAGAGCUGUGGCGUAUUGAUUGUGUCUAAUACAGCGCUUGUUUAAGGGGACAUGUACCUGUUGCUGGAUUGAAUUUAUUGCUUUGCCUUUUGGAAAUGCCUAUUGCCUGACUAUCACUCUGGCCUGGAAUGGGUAUGCACUAAAGGAGUUAUGAGUUCAGCCUUGCAGCAUGCUUGUUCUUGGUCAUUGAAGCCAGUGACAGCCAAGCAACUUGCAUUUUUAAAAGGUCACCACUGGCAACACGCUCAUGUUUUUUCGAUUACAUGUUUCCUUUAAAAGUACUAUAACAGGCACCAUCCAAUAACUACCUUAUGUCAUUUCAUUGCAAACACUAUAGAAGAUAAACCUGAAUGGUUCUAGUAUGUAGUGCAUACAAACGUAUCGCACCAGUCACAUUUGAUGUUCUGUAGCAUUACUGAUUUCCAGUCACUUGCAUACUGUAUUUUACUGACUUUUAAAGUGACACCAUGUACUGUUUGUGUAUAUUAUAAAUGAGCUUCAUGUGUUUUAUUAUAAAUGAGCUUCUUGUA